GGAUCCCCAACUGUGUCAACGAAAUCGGUCGUGGUGUGGCGUUGGGGAGCGAUGGCCGCCGCUGCCGCUCCUCGUCUCCACAGCGUCUUCGUUUACGGAACUCUAUUGGCAGAUGAGGUGGUGCGCGUGCUUCUCAAGCGAGUUCCCCCCUCCUCCCCUGCCAUCCUCCAUAAUUACCACAGAUUUAGUAUAAAGGGCCGUGUUUAUCCAGCAAUCCUGCCCAUAGAUUGUAAGAAUGUUGCAGGAGAGGUUUUACGGGGCAUCACAGAUCAAGAGUUAGAUGUCCUAGAUUCCUUUGAAGACGUCGAAUAUGAGAGAAGGGCUAUUGAGGUUUCUUUGGUUGAUAAUUCUGAGAAACUAAUAGUUGAUGCAUAUAUCUGGGGUAACAAGGAUGAUCCAAACUUGUAUGGGGAGUGGGAUUUUGAGGAAUGGAAGCGACUGCACUUGGAGGAUUAUCUUGUCAUGACAACAGAAUUCAUGGAGGAGCUGGAAAAGCCCCAAGACUAGGUUGGAACAUGAAAUCCACUUUGGAAAGCGAGAUGCAUUGUUGAAGUCUAAGCAUGUCUACAAAUAGCUGUUUUGAGCCAUUCUACUGUUUAUUUCUAGAUAUACUUAACAGUAUGUAUGGCAUCAGAUAUAUUUUUUCUGUACUAAAUAGCAGACAAGCAAGCUGAACAUCUGGAAUAAAUCAUUCCACCACAUGUAAUAUAUCUUGGAUACACUAUUCCUGUACCUAAUGCAUUCUAGUUUUGACGUCCCAUUUUCA